UUACCUUCUUUCCUUCUUUUUUAAACGCUGGCCGUUUUAUCCCUUUCCCUUUUUUUUUAACUAGUCUCAAUGCAAGCUUGUAUCAUUAUUUUCACUCUUUUAGCCUUGUUGUUUCGUGUCCAAAGUGCCCCUCUCGUUGCGCGUGGCUCUGAGUCUGGCCAAGGCACUUAUUAUGAAGUAGGGUUAGGUUCUUGCGGUAAAACAAACACCAACAGUCAAAUGGUGGCUGCACUCUCUGGUUCCAUCAUGAAAUCUAGCUAUUGCGGUAAAUCUAUCACCGUCAAAGGUCCCAAUGGUUCGGUCUCUCUCAAAGUAGUAGAUACAUGUCCUGGAUGUAAAAAAGGGGAUGUUGAUAUGAGUGCAGCUGCCUUUAAGAAAAUUGCUAGCUUAAGCGAUGGUCGAGUUCCCAUUACAUGGUCUCUUUAAAAAAAAUAAAGUUAUAAUUUAUUAACUAGC